AAACUAGUUUAAACUAAACCCUAAACCUAGUUUAAAAUAGUGUAAACUAAACCCUAAACCUUAAACCCUAAACCUAGUUUAAAGUAACCCCAAACCUAGUUUUAAUUGUGGUAUCUUGUUAUAGUUUCUUGUUUAUAUGGAGAUUAUGUAGAUUUUGGUGAAAAUAUAGUGUGGCAUGUUACUUAGCCAAUGUAUCUAUUCUUUUACAAAUCUUGAUUAGUUGAGCAUGAAAUAAGGUAUCUGCCUAAAUUCCUAAUCAGAAUAUAGUGUGGCAUGUAAGUGGUUUUGGUGAAAAUAUAGUGUGGCAUGUAAGUGGUUUCUCCUUUAGUGUUUAGAGUAAUAAUCAAGAAAUAGACCUUUCGAGGAAGAAAUGGACAUGUAUCAAACUUAUAAAGGUUCAACUUUAUGACUUCAUCUUUUUUUUCACAGAUUCAAUUUACCCUAGUAACACUCCCUUUAUUUUCUUGUUGCAAAUUUUCUAUCAUUUAGUUAUCAUUUCACUUAGGUUUAGUUUUCGCUGAUGAGAACAUGGAGAAUGUUGUUGAUUUAUUUUUCUGUGUAGUUAAAAUGGCUAGUCGUCGGAUGUCUCUUAGUGUUCAUUGGGAUGGACAGUUAGAUAUGGAUGGGAAUGGUCCUCGAUAUUUCGGUGGUCGAAAGAAAUUGAUUGCGAUUCGUUCAGAUACGACCUAUGCGAAUUUUGAGAGGAGAAUGUAUCGUUUAGUAAAUUGUAAUAGAGAAGAAUGUUGUCUUAAAUACACAAUUCGAUGCCCUACGGGAGCAAAUGAAUAUAUUGCUCAUGAUAUAGUAGAUGAUGAAUCAUUGGAGGGAUUAAUUGGAUUGUUUGAACAUUAUGGAUGUGUGUCGCUAUACAUAGAGAAAGAUUUAUAUCCUUCAGAGACACAAUAUCAGUCGCAAGGUUAUUACACAAGCCUGCUACAUAAUGAUAUCGAUGUGGGAUUUCCGGAGAAUCCAAUUGGUGACCGUGAAGUUGAUAAUGAACAAGGCGUAAGAAUGACAAGACAGAGUCAGUCUCCACGUGCGCAACCCUCGACUUCACGUGCGCAACCCUCGACGUCACGUGCCGAACCGUCGACGUCACGUGCGCAACCGUCGACGUCACGUGUGCAACCCUGGACGUCACGUGCCGAACCCUCGACGUCACGUGCGCAACCGUCGACGUCACGUGCGCAACCCUCGAUGUCACGUGACGAACCCAGGAUAUUUCAUACACCUAAUGAAAAUUACGAUUGGGGGCUAUCUACACCCUAUACAAAUUGGAAUGAAGUUCUUGAUAAUAUUGUCGAUGAAGGAGAUGAUAAUGACGGUAAUCAGGACGAUGAACUCAUUCAUAAUGAUGGUCAUCAGGAGGAUGCACCCAUUGAUAAUGACGGUAAUCAGGAUGAGGACGACGAUUGGAAUGAUCUAGCCGUUGACAUUGAAGAUGAUCACGAUGGUGGAUUAAAUUGCCUUGCGAAUGCCAUUUACAGUUUGAAUGACGACCCGCAUGUAAACAACGAUUAUGUAGACAAUCCUGACGAGGAACUUGAUUUUAUUGACCAUCCGGAGCAAUUUCCUAUGGAUAAUAAUUGGAUACAACAGUAUGUUGUGAAUUCGAGUGAGUUCGAUGUUAGACGUAACAAUUCCGAUCUACCUAGCAUUGACGGGACUUGGCUCCGUGAAGUCUUUAAUGAUAAGGCAUCUUUAGUGGACGCUCUUGAUCGAUGGCACAUUACUCACAAUGUUCAGAUGAAAGUUGUGAAAUCUACCAAAACAACUUAUACAGUGAAAUGCACAGUUGAGGGAUGUCCUUGGAGGUUACACGCUUCGGUUCCUAAGGAUGCAACAUAUUUCAGAGUUAAGACAUACGCGGGUCAACAUACUUGUGUUAUUCCAAUGCUAAAUGCGGCGCAUCGUAAUUGUACUUCAAAUCUCAUAUGUCAACUAAUUCUCCCGUUAAUGAAGGCAAGACUAAAUAUGACGCCAAAAGAAGUGCAGGAAACGGUGCGAUCCACUUUGCAUGUUCAAAUAAAUUAUUGGAAGGCAUGGCUGGCAAGGAGCAAAGCAUUACAAAUUAUUUAUGGGAGCUGGGAGCAGUCAUACACAGACGUGCCUCGGUAUCUUACUAUGCUGCAGAGUACUAAUCAUGGAACUUAUUGGCGGCUUGAUCAUAGAUGGCCAUCAGAGGGAAUAUGUCAGUUUGGCCGUCUUUUUUGGUCAUUUGCUCCUUCUAUUCAUGGAUUUGCACAUUGUCGGCCGGUGGUGAGCAUUGAUGCGACUCACUUGUAUGGCAAAUACGAAGGCCAUGCAUUGAUAGCGACGGCUGUCGAUGCGAAUGAUAGCAUUUUUCCCUUAGCUUUUGCAAUUUGCGAAGGCGAAAAUGGUGGAACUUGGCGUUGGUUUUUACAUAACUUGGGCCAUUAUGUUAUACGCAAUCGACCGGUUUGUUUUAUAUCUGAUAGAUUUAGUGGCUUAAAGGAAAUAGUGGCUGAGUUAUAUCCUACUCGACAGGGGCAUGCACACCGGUGGUGUCUUCGACACAUGAAAGCAAAUAUGGCUAAGCGGUUUAAAAAUGAAUCAUUAUUAGACAAAUUUUAUAGUAUCGGCAGUGCUCCAACGUCGGUAGAAUAUUAUAAACUGAAAGAUGAGUUACGCGCGCUAGAUGAGGAUGCGUGGAAGUGGGUCGAUGAGCUCGAAGUAUACAAAGAGUAUUGGGCGUGGGCAUUUGAUGGAGGUCGACGCUUCGGGUUGAUGACUACAAAUAUGUCCGAGAGUUUAAAUGGGGUACUUAAGGGUAUCCGUGCUCUUCCAGUAACGGCAUUUGUCGCGGGAACUUUUUACAAACUGAAUAGUUAUUUUGUAAAGCGUCGUGAAAAUGGUGAAAGUAUGACGGCCACGUUAGCACCAAAAAUACAAAGUCGAAUUACGAUGAAUAUGGUGACGGCACGGGGACACAUUGUAUAUCGAUUUGGGACUAUUGAGUUUGAAGUUCAAACAGGAUACUCUGAUUACAAUGUUACCAUUAAUGGAACAGAAGCGGAUUGCAAUUGCGGGGAAUUCAAGCUAACGGGCAUACCUUGCUCGCAUAUUUUAGCAGUUUGCAGUAAUUCACAACUAAGAAUAGAUUAUCAUAGUCUUUGUUCCCAUUGGUAUACUGUAGAGUGUUAUCGCCAGACAUACGCACCGCUUUUCCAUCCAGUUCCAGACAGGCGCUACUGGCCACGACCCAUGGGCCCACCAAUUGUACCGCCUCCAGUUAGAAGAAAGAAAGGUCGACCACGAUCAACACGUAUUCGUAAUAUAAUGGACGCAACCAGUGGUCGACGAACAAAAUGCAGCAUUUGUAAGCAGCACGGUCAUUAUAGAAAUACUUGUCCACAGAAUACAGAGAGCGCACAACAAGGACGUCGACGUAGGACUUGUUACCUAACUUACUAGUAUUUAUUAAACUUUCAAUAUUCCAAUAUUCAAUGCGCUAUUUGGAUGCAUGUUACUAAUUACAAAUUCUUUAAAAUUGCAGAUGGCAGAUCUAGAGGAGGCGGGACC